AUGACUAGAAUUGCUGCAUCUGGGGAGGAAUGUGCUGGCAGCAGAAGCCCCAUGGAUUGCAGUGGUAGCAAAAUUGGCGGGGACGGCUACGGUAGCCCCAAGUCGGGAAUCACUUCGCUAGGAGUUAUCGCGGCCUCCGCAAUGCAGGGAAAGAUGCGGGGCUGUGACGCCUCACAAAUCUCCCUAAACUUCUCCCCUUCAAUCUACACUCAACGCUCGGAGAAGGCAACCCCAAAUCCCGAGAGUGAUCCCGAAGCCCAACCCAUCGUCUCGGGAAAUAAAUUGCUGUUCAUCUUUUCGGAGGAAAAUGUUAUCCGGAAGUACGCACGGAUUAUAAUUGAUUGGGGAUAUCCUUUUCCAGUUCCAUUGAGUAAAGGGGAGUUUGGAUAG